AUGGACCUGCAAGACUUCGAAUCAUGCAAUGGAGUAGGCCGCUGGUUGCGAUAUGUCUCACCGGAAGGCAAACGGCAAGAUUCGGCCCACACGUAUUUGCAUCCACUUCUCAACGACGGGCAACACCGGAACCUUCAUGUGCUUGUGGAGUCUACAGCUAUCCGGGUUCUAUUUGAUCCAGACAAGAAAGCAAAUGGGCUCGAGUUCAUUUCCAGCCCAGCAUCUCACGAUGAGGUCAAAGUCACGCCGAGGAUCGUCAAGGCUAGAAAGCUCGUUGUACUCUCAGCCGGAGCAUGCGGUAGUCCUCUGAUUCUAGAACGAUCAGGAGUCGGCUGUCCGAAGAUCCUUGAACAAGCAUCAGUUCCAAUUAUUGCUGGUAUUCCUGGAGUUGGUAAUAACUAUCAAGACCACACCGGAGUUUUCCCUGGAUACAAGACUUCUCUCGAACUGCACCAAACGAACAAUGCUCUCCUUUGCGGCACUCAGACACUAGAUGAUGCGAUUGAACAAGGUAAUCCGAAUGUGCGAUGGAACAUGGUUGAUGUCGCGGCAAAGAUCCGCCCAUCUGCGGCUGAAGUCGCCAUGUUAGGACCGGACUUCAAGGCUGCAUGGGAGAAAGACUUCAAGAAAGAGCCUUCCAAGCCACUUGGACUCUUUGCUUUCAUCGGAGGAUUCUUUGCUCCUGAGGAAGAAAGACUCGCUGGAGAGUUGAUAUGUGUCGCAAGCUACAGCGCAUAUCCGUAUUCUCGGGGCAGCAUCCACAUCACAGGCCCAAAUAUCUCCGACCCACCAACAUUCAACACUGGGUACCUCUCUGACGAACAAGAAUUUGACCUGAAAGCACACGUAUGGCAGUACAAGAAGCAACGUGAGAUCAUGCGCCGAACCAAAAUGUACCGCGGCGAGCUCGCCACCGCGCACCCCAAGUUCCCUGCCGGUUCCAAUGCAGCUCUCGUAGAUCUCGACAUCGCCGAAGAAGCCAACAUCACUGAAGACAUCGCCUACUCACCCGACGAUGACAAAGCCAUCGAACAGUUCCUCCGCGAGAGCAUCAACAGCGUUUGGCACUCACUUGGCACAGCAAAGAUGGCGCCAAGAGAGGAGAUGGGAGUCGUGGAUGGGAGUCUGGGUGUUUACGGGGUAAAAGGGUUGAAGGUGAUAGACUUGAGUAUUGUGCCGGAGAAUGUAGGUGCUAAUACCAAUAAUACUGCACUGGUCAUUGGUGAGAAAGGGGCGGAUGUAAUUGCGGGAGAGUUGGGAUUGGUAAACUUUUGA